AUGGUUUCCCAAGAAAAGCCAUCCCAACGUACCGGAGGCACCGCUCCCCCAGAUGCCGUCGAGACCAACCGCCCAGAUGAGGUCAACAAGGAACCGUCAAUCGUCGAGGCAAAUGAUGGGGACGGAAAGGGGGAGCUUCUGCCUUCUCCAGAGGAGCAGAUCGACGCUUUGGGCAUCCCAAACUGGAGAGAGCUGGAGAAGCAGGUCGUCAAACGCCUUGACAUGACUCUGAUGCCAUGCCUCUGGGUCUUGUAUCUGUUUAACUACUUGGAUCGUGCCUCCAUCGCACAGGCUAGACUCAGCAGCCUUGACGAGGACCUGGAUCUAAAAGGGUACCAAUACGGCACUGCGGUUUCGAUUCUAAGUGUUGGCUACGUUCUUGGCCAGAUCCCUUCGAACAUGAUCAUUGGAAAGGUGCGGCCUAGCCUGUACCUCUGCUGCAUGGCCCUGGUCUGGUCUAGCGUCUCCGCUGCCACUUGUGGUGUGAAGAACUACCAAGGGCUCAUUGCCGUGAGAUUCUUCUUAGGAGUGGUCGAGGCACCGCUGUUUCCUGGUGCAAUCUAUGUCAUGUCUUGCUGGUACACAAGGAAGGAAAUGGCGCUCAGAUGUGCCCUUCUAUACACUGGCCAGACACUCGCAUUUUGCACCGCAGGACUCAUUGCUGCCGCUGUUUUCGGCACGCUUGAAGGGUCGUACGGCUUGGCUGGAUGGCAGUGGCUUUUCAUUGUCCUCGCGUCCACUGGUGCAGGACUUGCCAUGAUCGCCCUGUUCAUUCUGCCCGACUAUCCAGACUCCACAACUGGUAGUGCUCGUUGGUCAAUGACUGAGGACAUGCGCAAAGUCGCCGCUGCUCGCAUUCUUGCCGAUCGAGUUUCCACCGCGGAGGCGAAGACUGGUGUAUGGCACGGACUGAAGAUGAGUGUCUUCGAUUACAAGAUGUGGCUUCUCGUCGGCAUGAACAUCGGCAUCUCGGCUGCCUACGGGUUCUCCAACUUCUUCCCAUCAAUCGUUCGCGGAUUUGGCUACAACAACACGAUCACUCUGGUGCUCACGGCGCCCCCAUACAUCUUCGCCGCCGCUGGAUCCCUGGUCAAUGCCUGGCACUCCGACAAGACUAAGGAGCGUGGAUACCACUUUGCGGGACCUAUUGCGUUUGGGUGCAUCGGCUACAUCAUUUGCCUCGCCACCGAGAACCGCAACGCCCGUUAUGGUGCCUCUUUCAUCUACGUUGGCGGCAUGUACUUCGCCAACCCCUUGAUCAGCACCUGGACUUCCAAUACGAUGGGCAGAACCCCUGAGAAACGUGCAAUUUCUGUCGCUCUCGUCAACGUUUUGGGUCAAAUCGGAAAUCUGAUCGCUCCCUACUUCUUUGUCGACUCUGACGAGCCUCGGUAUCGUUUGGCGUUCAUCAUGAUGAUGGUCAUGGGCUUGAUCGCCUGCGUGAGCGCCAUGGGUCUGAAGCUCUACCUGCAUCGAUCCAACAAGAAGCUGUACCGCACAGCGAUAAGGAAUGGGACGGCUUAUCAGCCAUAUGUUAUGUAA